AAGGAUGAACAAGCUUUGCGGCGCAUUGUGACGCAUGGCGCCCGCAUGGCUUUUCCCUCCUGACGGCUCAGCUCAAGGUUCAUCGCUGCGUGACUCGCGCCUUGGGGAUCGAUCUCGUGCUCCUGGCUUGGAGCGCGAGCUGGGGGACAAAUGGGGCAAGGCGUGCAUGUGCUGGGAUGGCCGGUCCGGAGGUUUUACACGGCUGACGGAGACAAUUGUGGACCACUCUUGCAGCUGUCUUCGGUCACGGACUCGUCAAUGAUACCUACCUCUGUACGUACGGAUAUCGGCGUUGGGACGCCACUGUCAGGGGAAGCAUGAAGAGCAACAAUCAUGCGUCUUCCAAGAUUUAGCCGAGAGGGUGGUCCGCGCUGGACAGACUUCGAGGAUAAAAGUCGGCCACCUACCUCCUCAUGGACAAUUGUGGAGUUUCAAUACACGUCUUCAACACUCGACUCUUACCUGAACACAUUUCAAUCUAAACAGCUUUGACCUGAACAGUUCACAAUCAAAAGAGCUACAACAAAGAUUUCUCGGAUUGAAACGGCAAUCUGACUGAUACCCGAGCAAUAUUUUCGACAGAACUACACGAUACACUCAGAUCUACGAAUCCACCUGACAUGGGAUCAGUUGCCAACUUGAGCUCCACACCUUACGGCAGACGUCUACUGCCAACACUUAUCGACGAGGUCUCCAGCCAAGACCCGAACCGAGAAUGCUUCCAGAUCCCGCGCUCUUCGGAGCCAUCCGACGGAUGGCGUGUCCUCACAUGGAAGGACAUGGCCAACGCGGUCAAUCAUUGUGCACACAGAAUUAUCGAGGUUUGCGGCACGCCUGAGAAGGACACCUUCCCGACCAUAGCCUAUCUUGGCCCCAACGAUGUGCGGUACAUCGUGAUCAUGAUCGCAGCUGUGAAGGCUGGAUAUGCGGCCCUUUUCAUCUCUCCGAGAAACUCCAAAGAGGGCCAGCUGAACCUCUUUGACAAGACAAACUGCAAGACUCUAGCCUUCGCUGGCACACAAAAGCAGAGUGUGCAGCCACUGCUGGCGGAGCGGGAAAUGCAGGCAGUCGAGGUCAGCCCGCUGGAGGCCUGGUUCCCAGAGGAGCAGGUCCCCCACUUCCCGUACACGAAGACCUUCGACGAAGCCGAGUGGGACCCCAUGCUCGUCCUCCACACGAGCGGUAGCACCGGCCUUCCAAAGCCCAUUGUCGUGCGGCAGGGAAUGUGGAAUGCCAUUGACGGCUUCCACGACUUGCCGCUCUGGGAGGGCAAGAAAGUCUCCUACCGCGAAUGGGCAGACCGCUCGAAGCGGCAUUUUGCCCCCAUGCCACUUUUCCACAUGGCCGGUCUCAUGUGUGCGGUCUCGAUGCCCCUAUUCUGGGAUUCCCCGGUGUGCUUGGGCAUCGCGGAGCGCCCACUGUCCGCCGACCUGGUAAUAGAGUGCCUGGACAACAUGGAAGUACAGUCCGCGGCCCUGCCACCAGCGAUUAUCGAGGAAAUGACCCAGUCAGAAGAGGGCUUGCGGGCACUGACAAAGCUGAAUAUUGUUGCAUUCGGCGGUGGAAACCUGGCUCUUCAGGCAGGGAACAGGAUAACCAGGCGAGGCACCAGCAUCAUGAAUUCGAUCGGCACCACCGAGUUCGCCCCGUUCCCAACGUACGCACCAGAUGACCCGGAUCUGUGGCAGUACUUUAUCUAUGUCCCUGAGAUCAUGGGCUGCGAGUUCCGGAAGCAGGGUGACGAGGAGGUCUACGAGAUGGUCUUUGUGCGACAAAAGGGCAACGAGCAUCCCCACCCUGGUCUUCAGGGUAUCUUUUACACUUUCCCCGAUCUAAAUGAGUGGAGUACUCGCGACUUAUACCGCCCCCAUCCCACCGAACCGAACCACUGGAUCUAUCACGGCCGAGCGGACAACAUCAUCGUCUUCAGCAAUGGUGAGAAGCUGAACCCGGUCACCAUCGAGGAAAUUGUCAGUGAGCACCCAAGCCUGAAGGGUGCUAUGGUGGUCGGAGCGGAGAAGUUCCAGGCAGGCCUCAUCCUCGAGCCUCGUGUGCAUCCAAACACAAAGGAAGACGAGAAGACUCUUUUGGAAAACAUCUGGCCUUUGGUUGAGAAGGCAAAUGUGGCGACGGUUGCUCACGGACGUAUCAGCCGUGAUCUGUUAACCUUGUCGAAACCCGACAAGCCAUUCCCACGUGCUGGCAAGGGAACAAUUCAGCGGGCUUUCACAGUCAAACUGUACAAGGAUGAGAUCGAUAAGCUUUACGAGAAUGCCAAGGUCGAUGAGAAUUCAGAGGAGGUGGUCGAACUCGACUUGAAAUCUGAGGAGUGUUUGGCCAAGUCUAUUGUCGAGACACUCCGCAAGUAUGUCGCGGCAGAAAUGCUGGACGUGGAUAUCGACUUCUUCGCAGCCGGUGUCGAUUCUAUGGGUGUGAUGAAGGCCGCAAAGCUUCUUCGGGCCGGGUUGAAGAGUGCAGGCCACCCCGUCGAGGAGAAGGCUGUCGCAUCUAGAGUCAUUUACCAAAACUCUACACCACAACGGCUGGCAGCGCACAUCCUGAGUCAUGUUCUUAAUGGGCAGGGCCAGGAUCUGAGCGAGGACGAGCAACAACAGCAAGCCAUGGAUGCCAUCUGGAAGAAAUACACCAACAACCUCACCGAGGCGCAGGCGAACAGGCCCGACCCAAGGAACGACAACCAGACAGUGAUCCUCACUGGUUCCACCGGCAUGCUAGGAUCCUACCUUCUCAGUUUAAUGAUUCAUAACCCCCGCGUUGCGAAGAUCAUCUGUCUCAACCGCGCAGCAGAUGGCGGUCGCGCCCAGCAGACUAAGGCCUUCGCCGACCGCGGCCUGGACACGAGCAGGCUGGAAACCAAGGCCGAGUUCUACCAUGCUGACCUCGCCAAACCCCAUUUUGGCCUGCCCGAAACUGUCUACGCCCGCCUCCAAGCGGAAGCAGACCGAGUCAUCCACAACGCCUGGCCCGUGAACUUCAACAUCCCCAUCGAGUCAUUCGAGCCCUCUCUCGCAGGUGUCCGGCACGUGGCCGACCUCGCUGCCUCUGCAGCCCGCCGUGUCGCCGUGACCUUCAUCUCAUCCAUCGCCGUCGCGGACAGGUGGAACCCAGCGAGCCAUGGGGCGCCCAAGGUCCCUGAGCACCGGUUGGAGGACCUGGCACUCCCCAACGGCGGUUACGGCCGCAGCAAGGCGGUCGGCAGCUUGAUCCUCGAGGACGCCGCUGCGGCGACGGCGGGCGACUUCCCCUACGCUAUCGUCCGCGUGGGCCAGGUUGCUGGGCCCGAGGCAGAGGCGGGCAAGUGGAACCCCCAGGAGUGGCUGCCCAGCAUCAUCGCUAGCAGCUUGUACCUGGGUGCGCUCCCGGCGCACCUCGGGUCUAUGGACAGGGUUGACUGGACGCCCGCGGAGCGGAUCGCGGGCUUGGUCCUCGAGGCGGGUGGUGUCUCCCGGGUGGUGGAGCGGGCCGAUGAUAUCUCGGGCUAUUACCACGGCGUGAACCCGCACGAGUCCCAGUGGCCGGACCUGGCCCUCGCGGUGCAGGAGUUCUACGGCAAAGGGAAGAUCCCUGAGAUGGUCGACUUCGGGGAGUGGGUGGAGAGGCUGGAGAACACGCAGGCGGAUGGGCCCGAGACUGUGGCCCGUAACCCAGGUGUCAAGCUUAUUGACUCUUAUCGCGAUAUGGCUCAGGCUGCUGGGGCUGUGGUGUAUGCUAUGGAUAAGACCGUUGAGAGGUGCCAGGGCGUGAUGGAGACCAAGGCUGUUACACCCGCUAUGAUGAAGCACUGGUGCAAGCACUGGGGUUUCUAA